AGGCGGGCUAACCCAGGAGGGGACGGCGCCAGUCGGAUCGCUGGGUGGGGCGGAGCUCCUGCCCGGGAGGAGUUGUGGCUUCACCGCCUGGACGCCCGACCGACCUCCGGCUUAGCCGACUGUGCUUGCGACGCCGGGCCCCUCUUCCUUCACCUCCCCAGCCCACUCUCUGAGCCUCCGGAGGCUCCUUGCCGCUCCGUGCAACUCUGCUGCACAUGGUGAUGAGUUUCCGGGUCUCUGAGCUCCAGGUGCUUCUCGGCUUUGCUGGCCGGAACAAGAGUGGACGGAAGCACGAGCUCUUGGCCAAGGCCCUGCACCUCCUCAAGUCUAGCUGUGCCCCUAGUGUCCAGAUGAAGAUCAAAGAACUUUACCGCCGCCGCUUUCCCCGGAAGAACCUAGGGCCCUCUGAUCUCUCUUUGCUCUCUCUGCCCCCUGGCACCCCUCCUGUAGGCUCCCCUGGUCCUCUAGCUCCUAUCCCCUCGGCCCUCUUGGCCCCUGGUUCUGUGCUGGGUCCCAAGUGUGAAGUAGACAUUCACCCACCUCUGCCGCAGCCUGUGCACCCUGAUGUCACCAUGAAACCGCUGCCCUUCUAUGAAGUCUACGGGGAGCUUAUCCGGCCCACGACCCUUGCAUCCACUUCAAGCCAGCGGUUUGAGGAAGCCCACUUUACAUUCGCCCUCACGCCACAGCAAGUGCAGCAGAUUCUCACGUCCAGAGAGGUUCUGCCAGGAGCCAAAUGCGAUUAUACCAUACAGGUGCAGCUAAGGUUCUGUCUCUGUGAGACCAGUUGCCCACAGGAGGAUUAUUUCCCCCCCAACCUCUUUGUCAAGGUCAAUGGGAAACUGUGCCCCCUGCCGGGUUACCUUCCCCCAACCAAGAAUGGGGCUGAGCCCAAGAGGCCCAGCCGCCCCAUCAGCAUUACACCCCUGGCCCGUCUCUCAGCCACUGUUCCCAACACCAUCGUGGUCAACUGGUCAUCUGAGUUUGGACGGAAUUACUCCUUGUCUGUGUACCUGGUGAGGCAGUUGACUGCAGGGACCCUUCUACAAAAACUCAGAGCAAAGGGCAUCCGGAACCCAGAUCACUCCCGGGCACUGAUCAAGGAGAAAUUGACCGCUGACCCGGACAGUGAGGUGGCCACUACAAGUCUCCGGGUGUCACUCAUGUGCCCGCUCGGGAAGAUGCGCCUAACUGUUCCUUGUCGAGCCCUCACCUGUGCCCACCUGCAGAGCUUUGAUGCUGCCCUUUAUCUGCAGAUGAAUGAGAAGAAGCCAACGUGGACAUGUCCUGUCUGUGACAAGAAAGCUCCCUAUGAAUCUCUUAUCAUUGAUGGUUUAUUCAUGGAGAUUCUUAAUUCCUGCUCGGAUUGUGAUGAGAUCCAGUUCAUGGAAGAUGGGUCCUGGUGUCCAAUGAAACCCAAGAAGGAGGCAUCUGAGGUUUGCCCCCCACCAGGGUAUGGGCUGGAUGGCCUCCAGUACAGCCCAGUCCAAGAGGGCAAUCCAUCAGAAAAUAAGAAGAAAGUCGAAGUUAUUGAUUUGACAGUCGAAAGCUCAUCAGAUGAAGAGGAUCUGCCCCCAACCAAAAAGCACUGUCCUGUCACCUCAGCUGUCAUCGCGGCCCUACCUGGAAGCAAAGGGGUCCUGACACCUGGUCACCAGCCAUCUUCAGUGCGUCGGAGCCCUGCUGUGGGCACAUUGGGUGGGGAUUUCCUGUCCAGUCUUCCACUACAUGAGUACCCACCUGCCUUCCCCCUGGGGGCCGAUAUUCAAGGUUUAGAUUUAUUUUCUUUCCUUCAGACUGAAGGUCAGCACUAUGGUCCCUCUGUCAUCACCUCGCUAGAUGAGCAGGAUGCCCUUGGCCACUUCUUCCAGUACCGAGGGACCCCUUCCCACUUCCUGAGCCCACUAGCCCCCACACUGGGGAGCUCUCACCGCAGCACCACUCCAGCACCCCCUCCUGGCCGUGUCAGUAGCAUUGUAGCCCCUGGAGGUGCCUUGAGGGAGGGGCAUGGAGGACCCCUACCCUUGGGUCCCUCUUUGACUGACUGCCGGUCAGACAUCAUUUCCCUGGACUGAGACCCCUGGAUUAUGGAACCUUUACUGCCUCCCAACACAACACUAAGCAAAUAUGCUGUGGAGCCCAGACCCCUGGCCUCUGUGACCUCUCAGGGGGCUUUGGCGAAAGGCCUGAAAGACCUUCAAGGACACCUGUUUUUGGCCUCUUCUCUGUCUGAGAAGGCCAGCACCCAAAGGGUUAAUAUUUAACCUCUUUUUAGGGACACUGGGAUUCUUUUUGGAAAUGUUCUUUAGAUGGCUGGCACAUUCCUUUGGGUAUGUUUACCUAGGCAGUGGGAGGCAAAUGGGAUGGAAAGUGAGUUGGGGGGAGGGCUGGAUCCUCAGCCAUGACUCCCUAGUGCCUUGUGGGACGAGGUCCUUCUCUUGUACCCCAGAUGCCCUCUCUUCCAUUCUCCAGACCCACAUGUGGCUCUGUUCCAUUCCCACAUCGAUUGUCCAUUCCAUUCUCUUUGGCCAAACACACAGGUGGAGAAACAGACAGUCAGAUACAUGGACAGAAAACUAUUUCGGGUUCCAGAUUUUUUGUACAUAAACAAGAAAAACCAAAAUACUCCAAAGAUGUCUUCCCCUGCUUCCUACUUUCCAGUAUGACUGAAGAGAAGAUAAGGGUUUUGGGAAGCAGGGCCUGGCCUAUUGCCUGGGUUUCUCUCUAUUUAUAUAUUUAAGUUCACAGUGUUUCUUAUGCCGACCAGCCAAGACCCUGAGCUUCUAAAGGCUCAUGGCCCUGUGGUUGGGUCUGGCUUAUUCUACACCUUUCCUUGGAGGUGAGAGGACCCUCAUACUCCCCCCAGUCUCCUUUAUCAGGCUCCUCCACGGCCUGGGACUUAUGUUGUAAUUUUACUUGUUAUUCCCAAAGUUGUACAAAGUUCUUACCCAUAAUAAAGGUUGUGAAUGUUC